UGUAAUUCAUAAAUGCUUCUCCUCCGAUCUCUCCGCCAUAAAAGCCUACUCUUUCUUCUUCGUCUGAGUGUUGGAAGAAUCUUUCUCGAUUAGUCAUUUUCCAUGGCGGGCUUUCUCUCCGUCGUCCGGCGUGUGUACCUCACUCUCUACAACUGGAUCGUCUUUGCUGGAUGGGCUCAAGUUCUGUACUUUGCAAUAAAGACUUUGUCGGAAACGGGAUAUGAAGAUGUCUAUGACGCCAUUGAGAAGCCUCUCCAGCUUGCUCAGACUGCCGCCGUUCUCGAGAUUCUUCAUGGAUUAGUAGGUUUGGUUAGAUCUCCUGUUUCUGCAACUCUGCCACAGAUAGGUUCAAGGCUAUUUCUCACUUGGGGCAUCCUUUACAGUUUUCCAGAGGUCAGAUCUCAUUUCUUGGUCACAUCACUUGUCAUAAGCUGGUCCAUCACAGAGAUCAUUCGCUACUCCUUUUUUGGCUUUAAGGAAGCUCUAGGCUUUGCUCCUUCAUGGCACUUGUGGCUCAGAUACAGCAGCUUUUUGUUGCUAUACCCUACCGGUAUCACCAGUGAAGUUGGUCUUAUCUACCUUGCCUUACCACAUAUCAAGACAUCGGAGAUGUACAGCGUAAGGAUGCCUAACACGUUGAACUUCUCAUUCGACUACUUCUAUGCAGCAAUAGUUGUCCUUGCAAUAUAUGUCCCAGGUAGUCCACACAUGUACAGGUACAUGCUUGGUCAGCGAAAGAGAGCUCUAUCGAAAUCCAAGAGGGAAUAAAAAAGCUCAUUAGAAAGGGACCAAAAAGCUCAUCAGCUGCUUUAUCCUCUUUGUCUUGUUCUUUCAUGUACUACUACUUGUCUUUGUUUUAGCUUUUAAGGGUUUGUUUAAGGCUUAAAGCCUUUUACUUCCUCGGCGAUUACUUGAACUCAUGGAGGAUGCUAUUUAAGUGUAAUGUGGUUUCUAAAUUAAUACGAAAUUUAUUGUUCCUUCUUA